AUGGUCAAACGUGAAGAAUUAUACCUGGUCACAGAUGUCAGUGUUCCUUCGGGAAUAGAUGUAUUCUUGUUAAAGAAAAGAAAAGGAACUGCUGCUUUCGAUAGCAGGAGCUAUACUACUGCUUUACCAGCUGAAGUCAUGGCAGAGAAUAAGAUUGUCGAUUGGGGGACAAAUAGUUCAUUAAAUGUGCAGCUUGAUCGGAUGUCUUCUCAUUUCAAAACCACCUUCCCCGCUGGUUGCCAUGAAAACCUAAAGAACUCUCUUUUUCUAGUUGGAGAAAUAGGAGGAAACGAUCUCAAUUUUGGCUUAUUUGAAGGUAAAACGGUGGAAGAGUUGAGAGUCAUGGUCCCAGAAAAUAUUCAGACCAUUAUUAAUUUUGUUAAAAGGGUCAUUGGUUUUGGGGCAACUCGAAUGGUAGUCCCGGGCAAUUUUCCAAUUGGUUGUUUACCAAUUUACCUAGCGAAAUUCAUGACCAAUAACACAACUGCCUACGAUGAGUAUCAUUGCUUGAAAAUUUUAAAUAAUUUGGCAAUCUUCUACAAUCAUCACUUGCAACAAGCCAUUGAUGAACUGAAGAAAGAUUAUCCAAACAUUACACUGAUUUAUGGCAAUGCCUAUUUGUGGCUUUUACAAAAUGCUGCAAGUCUUGGACUUGACAAAAACUUAUUACAGAAAGCUUGUUGUGGAUUAGUAGAUUACAAUUAUGACGCAAGUGCAAUAUUAAUGUGUGGAGCUCCAGGAGUUGUAGCAUGCGCUAACCCUAAUGCUCACAUCAGUUGGGACGGAAUUCAUGUAAGCAGAAUUGUUCUAACUACUAGUCACUAG